GGGGACGGAGCCGCAAAGGAGGAGGGAAAGACUCCCGCAUCAUCGCGCCCGCUCUUUCCCUCACCAGCACCGAGAGCCGUUGCGUUUCAGCUGUGGUCAGUUUUAACAUGUGUCCACCCUGUAUGAUGCCCGCUGUUUUGUGAACAGUGCGCGUUUGGUGGAUGUGGUCGCGUGGAUAAGCAGAAGACGAUGAUUUUGUCGGGUCUCCUUUUACCCGCGUUAUGGGGACUGGCGCUCGGCGGAUCUCCAAGCGUCCAAAUCGGUGGCCUGUUCCCCAGAGGAGCAGAUCAAGAGUACAGCGCGUUUCGGAUCGGAAUGGUCCAGUUCGGCACGGCAGAAUUCCGCCUCACUCCGCACAUUGAUAACCUGGAGGUGGCAAACAGCUUCGCCAUAACCAAUUGCUUUUGCUCCCAGUUUUCCAGAGGAGUGUACGCUAUCUUUGGCUUCUACGAUAAGAAGUCGGUGAACACCAUCACGUCAUUCUGCGAGACGCUGCACGUGUCCUUCAUCACACCCAGUUUUCCAGCAGAUGGACUCAAUCAGUUUGUCCUGCAGAUGAGGCCUGAUAUCAAAGGGCCUCUCAUCAGCCUGGUGGAGUAUUACAAGUGGGAGAAGUUUGCCUAUCUGUAUGACAGCGACAGAGGUCUGUCGACCCUGCAGGCGGUGCUGGACACAGCAGCAGAGAGGAAAUGGCAGGUAACAGCCAUAAACGUUGGAAACCUGAAGGAUGAGUGGAAAGACGAGGCAUAUCGCUCACUCUUUCAGGACCUGGAGAACAAGAACGAGAGGAGAGUCAUCCUCGACUGUGAACAGGACAAGGUCAAGGACAUUAUGGAGCAGGUUAUUACCAUCGGUCGACAUGUGAAAGGAUAUCAUUACAUCAUUGCAAAUUUUGGCUUUGUAGAUGGAGAUUUGUCCAAGAUUCAGUAUGGAGGAGCGAAUGUAUCUGGAUUUCAGAUUGUGGAUUUUGAUGACCCUCUUGUUGCUAAAUUUGACCAGCGCUGGGAGGCUCUGGAGGAAAAGGAGUAUCCUGGAGCGGACAGCAAAAUCAGGUACACCUCCGCUCUCACAUAUGAUGCUGUGCAAGUGAUGACAGAGGCGUUUCGCUUUCUGCAUAAACAAAGGAUUGACAUCAGUCGCCGUGGCAACAACGGAGACUGCCUGGCCAAUCCUGCGGUGCCGUGGGCUCAGGGGGUGGAGAUUGAACGUGCUCUUAAACAGGUGCGUGUGGACGGACUGACUGGAAAUAUUCAGUUUGAUCAGUAUGGCAGAAGAGUGAAUUACACAGUCAAUGUCAUGGAGCUGAAAAACAGCGGCCCUGUGAAGAUUGGUUACUGGAAUGAGAUGGACAAAAUGGCAGUGACAAAGUCUGACCUUUUCCCUAAUGACACCAUGGGAAUGGAAAAUAAAACAGUUAUUGUGACGACAAUCCUGGAGGCACCGUAUGUGAUGCUGAAAAAGAAUGCAGAGUUGUUCACUGAUAAUGAACGUUAUGAGGGAUACUGUGUGGACCUGGCCGCUGAGAUUGCAAAGCAUUGCGGGUUUAAGUAUCAGCUGAGGAUUGUCGCUGAUGGAAAGUAUGGUGCUCGAGAUGCUGAGACCAAGAUCUGGAACGGCAUGGUUGGGGAACUGGUGUAUGGGAAAGCAGACAUAGCUGUCGCUCCUCUCACCAUUACUCUGGUCCGAGAGGAAGUGAUAGACUUCUCGAAACCAUUCAUGAGUCUGGGCAUAUCCAUUAUGAUCAAGAAACCACAGAAAUCCAAGCCGGGCGUCUUCUCUUUCCUGGAUCCACUGGCUUAUGAGAUCUGGAUGUGCAUUGUGUUUGCCUACAUCGGAGUUAGCGUUGUGCUCUUCCUCGUUAGCCGCUUCAGCCCUUACGAGUGGCACACUGAGGAGUUUGAGGAUGGGCAGCUGGGCCCGAGCGAAUCUACCAACGAAUUUGGCAUCUUUAAUAGUCUGUGGUUUUCUCUGGGCGCUUUUAUGCAGCAGGGAUGCGAUAUUUCGCCAAGGUCUUUAUCUGGCCGUAUAGUUGGUGGUGUGUGGUGGUUUUUCACCCUCAUCAUCAUUUCCUCCUACACGGCUAACCUGGCUGCCUUUCUCACUGUGGAGAGAAUGGUGUCCCCUAUCGAAAGUGCUGAAGACCUGGCCAAACAGACGGAGAUUGCUUAUGGGACACUGGAUGCUGGUUCCACCAAAGAGUUCUUUAGGAGAUCUAAGAUUGCUCUCUUUGACAAGAUGUGGCAGUACAUGAAAAGCGCAGAGCCUUCGGUGUUUGUUAAAAACACAGUGGAAGGCGUGUUGCGUGUCCGGAAAUCCAAAGGCAAAUACGCUUAUCUUCUGGAGUCCACUAUGAAUGAGUACAUCGAGCAGCGCAAGCCCUGCGACACCAUGAAGGUCGGAGGGAACCUUGACUCUAAAGGCUACGGCAUCGCCACACCCAAGGGAUCUGCUUUAAGAAACGCGGUAAACCUUGCAGUGCUAAAACUGAACGAGCAGGGGCUUCUGGAUAAAUUGAAAAACAAAUGGUGGUACGACAAAGGAGAGUGCGGCAGCGGAGGCGGGGAGUCAAAGGAGAAGACUAGCGCCCUCAGCCUGAGUAACGUUGCGGGCGUCUUCUACAUCCUGGUUGGCGGCCUCGGGUUGGCUAUGCUGGUCGCUCUGGUGGAGUUCUGCUACAAGUCGCGUGCGGAGGCCAAACGCAUGAAGGUUGCCAAGACUCAGGCUCUAAAUCCCUCCUCUUCCUCGCAGAAUUCUCAGAAUUUUGCUACUUAUAAGGAAGGGUACAACAUGACGUUCACAGAUGCUAUGCGCAGUAAGGCCAGGUUGUCUAUAACGGGCAGUACAGGGGAGAACGGGCGAGUGCUGACUCCAGACUUCUCUAAAGCCGUCCAUGCUGUGCCGUACCUGAGACCUGGCAUGGCAAUGCCUCUGAGUGUGAGCGAGCUGUCCUGAGUGCCUUACACACACACACAUACACACAAACACUGGUGCAAGCAUGCUGUACCCCCACUUUCAUACGUGUACAUAUUCUUACACACACACAGACACUAUAAAUAAAUAUAUAUAAAUAAAUAUAUAUACAUAAUAAUAGUUAAUUAUUCCAUAUUUAAUGAAUCACAACAUCUAUACACAGGAUGUCAAAUCCAUAUACACACACUUUAUCACGUUUACUGUUCAGUGCAAUCAUAUUUUGACCAGCGUGUCACGUGUACAUUGCAAAAACAGACGUAAAAAGGUAUACAGGCACAUCGCCGUGUGUGCAUAUGCAGACAACUUCAACUUUGUGUAGCUACACAUCUAUAAAGUUGUGUAUUUUUGCAUUUCCAAGUUCUCGUUUUGAAUACACACACGUUAUAUGACCUCAUGUAUUCACUCGCAUAAUCACUUGGCUCCAGUUUUCAUCGUUUAUUUUCACAUUGUAAGUGAUGACAUCACAAUGCUGCACUGAGGAACAAUGUUAAAGUCAUUCCUACUGGAAAAACUCAACUCCACUCCUGUUUCCAUUGCGAAGUGUUUUGGAUUGUCAAGAACUCAAGCACACAAAUCAUCUGCGUCAAAUGUGAUUUUGUUUACUUGGUCUACAAUAUAUAUAUAUAUUAAAUCAAACGUUUGACUAGAAUCGUUUCUUAUUAUAUGAGAUCUGUAUAAUAAAUUAUGUAUAUACUUACACUUUUGUUCAUUUAACGUUAAUGUUACCAUGCAAAUGCUAAAUGAUUAAGAAAAAAAAUCUAAAUGAUUUAACUAGUUUUGUUUCUUCUCCUCACUGGUUUGUUUUGUUGUGAUGUUAAUUUUUUUUUUUUGUUCACUGUGUUCUGUUUUUCUGGCCUAUGGACAAUGCAAGCAGUAGUUUUAUAAUUCUGUCUUUUAAUUAAAAAAGAAACUUAAAAAAUUCAAGAAUAUUUUACCUUCUGCAUUUCACCAUUUAGAUGGUAUGGAUCUGUAUAUGAAUAAAUGAACUUCUAUAUAUAUAUAUCGAUAUCUCAAAAUGCCAAAUAUUGAUGUGUGCCAAAAUAUGUCAAGGCAUUUCAGAUGCUUUUAUCAAUUUUGUCUCUGUACGGGGAAAUGUAAAGACUGAAAAUUAGCACCCUAUACUCGAGGGUUUGUUAUUUAUGUCAUCUUUGGCUCUCUAUGUUUUGUUUUUGUUUUUCAUUUCAAAUGCAUUGUACUUUUAAUAAGGUGCACUACGAUAUGCAGUUUUAACUGUGAAAAGCAUGACCUUUAGUUAUGUUUGUUUUUAUAAAAGCGAUGAUUAUGUAUAUCACUUAUAUUAGUUAAGUAGGGGCUUUCUUUGACGUAGUCAAGACCUGAAGACUGAGAGAUGGAGAUGAUUAUUACAGAUAGUUAUAUUGAAAAUUAUAUUGAUAAAGUAUAAGCCGAUCACCCUUUUCUAUGCCAUGCUGUGUACCUGAAAUCUUGGUCAUUAGUUUUAUAUGUAUAUGUACUGUACAUGUAAAUAGAAUCCAUUCAUGUGUAUAACUUAAAAUCUUGGAUGAUACACGAUUACACAAAGAUGCACAUUAGAGGAUUGCUCAUAUUGUGCUUUUUUUGGGAGAAUGUUUGGGAACGUCUGAGUGAAGUACCAAGCUGUCUCUCAUUUCCAGACACAAAUGGACUGGUCAUCACUAGCAUCAUUUCAGCUGGAGAGUUUGCCAUGGGAUGAAAAAUAAAAGGAGGACAUUUUUCUAAAUGGAAUGUGGACCGAUUGCUUUAUUUUUUGGAAUAUUUUGAAAUAAACAGAGACUGAGAAUCCUCUGA